GUCCGUGAGUGGGUCGAUUUCGCCAUCAAUGUCGACGCAAUGCCUGCGACGAAACACGAUAUGUUCUAUUACGUGUCCAUUGCGCGUCUUUUGGCGGAGACAGCAGGUAGCAUUUCCCCGGCAGACUUCGAGGACCCUCACAUGAGGGAAAUGAUCAAGGCAUUUUUCCCUGUCAAUUCCACCCCGUAUGCCAGUGAGGAUGGCGAGAAGAGGCGCACGUGGAAGAUUGUGCCCGCGCAGGUAAUGUUUGCGUUGAGGAUACAGGGCAAGCGCGCGCACUUGGCAGCACCCGCGCCGUCGGCGCCAGUGCAAGCAGUCCACGCGCCCAGCGAGUUCACGGGCAUGGCUGAAACAGUCAAACAGUUCGCAGAGCUGCAGUCUCAGGCGUUGCAGAAGGGAAAACCCAAGGGGGUGAAUUUCAAACUGCAAGAUCGCAAAUUGGAGCUGGGGUUGCAGAAAUUCUCUGCGGACACGCUCCCGUCAGAAGAGGUCCUCGCCAAAUUCGAGGCGAAGAUCUUCGUGAUCAUCGCCGGCCCGCGUGGAGCCGCACUCCGGCAAUCGACAUUGUCGUUGGAGAUGGCUCUUAUGAGGAGCGGCGCGUGGGUGGAAAAGGCUGAUUACAUCGGUUUCGCCACCUUCAUGGGGCACCUGCACGAGUGGGGCUUCAAGGU